UCGGACACAUGCACAUUCUGCAGACUCGCCGCAAGGCUGUCGGCAUCACCGCAUGCGUGGCCGGACUCCUGCUCAUUGCUGCUGCCACCACUGUCUACCUCCUCAUCCCCUACCUCGUCCAGAAGAAGAUCAACGAUGCGGUGGUCAUCGACUCGCCCAACUCGUCUGGCUAUGACAACUGGGUCUCGUCCUACCACUCGGGCAACUCGGAGCUCCAGUCGUACACCUUCUUCAACCUGACGAACGCACCCGACGUACUGGCCGGCGCGGCGCCGGUCUUUGAGCCCGUCGGCCCGUUUGUCUACCGCCGCAACACAGUCAAGCUUGACCCCAAGUUCCUCGAUGGCGGCGCUCGGGUCUCGUUCAAGGAGAUGUCGCAGUACUCGUUUGUGCCGGAACAGUCCAUCUACGAUCAGCUCGACAAGGUUCUCCUCACCAACUACUUUCCCUUCUACCAGGCCGCAGUCAACAAGGCCGGUUCUGAGAAGAACCUCCUCUACGGCUUCCUGCCCACCCUCCUUUCGAUCACACUCUCCGAGAUCGGCGGCCACCUCGGCAACGCGGACAACACCACCGCCGCCAUGAUCCAGUGGGGCUCGCUCGGCAUCACCGGCGCCAACCUCCCAUCGCUGCCCUCUCUCGAGCUCCGCGCCCCGCCUGUCCGCAACAUCUCGCUCGACCUCGCCGCCACCCAUUCGCUCCUCUUUGGCGCCUCGGGCCUCAUCUCAGACGAAACCGCUGUGACCACCUUCCUUGGCCUCCUCGCCCGCCAGGACAUCGGCUCCAUCCUCGCCAAGUGGCCCGAGCUCGGCACCCCGGACAAUGUCCUCACCCUCGCCGCCUACUUUGAGCACCUCAUUCUCGUUCGCGGCCUCGACUUUGCCGAGCAGGUCUUCUUCCAGGGAGGCCGCGGCACCGGCCUCAUCGUCACCCACACCGUCGAGCAGUGGCUGUGGCAGUACGAGGACCCGCUCCUUGCUGCUCUCGACCCGUCUAUCGCCCACCUCGCCCAUCUCCAGUUCAACGACACAUCGGCCAACAUCACCCGCGCCACCAAGCGCGACACCAUCACCGCCACCGGCAAGGGCAACCUCGCUGCGCUCAACACCUACCUGCAGUGGAACGGUCUCACCGAGGUUUCUGCAUACACCCCGCCUGGCCCGGUCCGCGGGACCAACGGCCACUCGUUCGGUCCCGACAUCCGACCACCGCAGCCGCUUGAGGUCUUUGUCUCGGAGAUCCAGCGUCCGCUGCAGAUCCUCCACGUCCGCGAUACCAAGGUCAAGGGCAUCGAGGUCUUCGAGUACCGGCUCAAUCCUGCAGAGUUGCAACCGAACGAGCAGUAUGUCUCGCCUGUUUACGGUCUCUUCAACAUCGAGCCCAUUUCCCACGGCAUCCCGCUUGAGAUCUCAAAGCCAUUCUUUCUCAACGCCGACCCCGAACUGGCCCGCGCCGCCGGCCUCACUCCCGACUACGGCCGCGACUCAACCUUUCUCGACGUCGAGCCCAUGACCGGCGUCGCCUUCCGGGCCUCACUCAAGCUUCAGAUCAACACCCGCAUCAACUCGAACCUGACACAGGUCUUCUUCCCGCACGCCGCCUCGGGCGUUUGGCCACUCCUCGCCAUCCACCGCGACGGUAUCAUCUCCGACUCGGACGCAGACUCGUUCAAGCGCACCAUCCGUGCCGCCCUCAUCGGAGCAAAGGUCGGAUUUGGUAUCGGCCUCACCCUCGGCAUCCUCAGCCUCGCCCUCGCUGCCUACCUUGCCUUCCGCCCAGCUUGCGGCUCGGGCGUGCCCUCGGGCGGCUACGAUGACCUCGACGCCGCCGCCGCAUCCGGCCCAGCCGGAAAGCGCGAAGAUGCCGCUCUUAUGGAGGGCUUCCGCUAG